AUGUCUUCCACUCUCCAACCAACCAACCCCACCAAUUCUUAUAAACCCCCCCUCCCAUCAAUCCUCUCCACCCACGACUUCGAACGCAUCGCCUCCCAAACCCUCACCCCCAAAACAUGGGCCUUUUACGCCUCCGGCGCAACAGACAUGCUCACCUGCGAGUCCAAUAAAACCACCUACGAUCGGAUUCUUCUCCGCCCACGAAUCCUCCGUAACGUGACGAGUGUGUCCACCCGGACUACGAUCCUAGGUUGUGAAAUGCAGCUCCCGUUAUUCGUUAGUCCAGCGGCCAUGGCGACGUUGGUCCAUCCCGACGGGGAGGUUGCCAUUGCCAGGGCGUGUGCAAGAUUCGGGGUGGGACAAUGUAUAUCAACAAACGCCUCCUACCCCCUUCCCACCAUAACCUCUUCACCACUUCCCACCUCAACAGGGGCGCCAUUCUUCCUCCAGCUCUACAUCCACAAAUCCCGCUCCGUCUCCCAACACCUCCUCCAUCUCGCGCACGCAUCCAACAUCCGCGCCAUCUUCGUCACCGUCGACGCCCCCGUCGCUGGGAAGCGCGAGGCCGAUGAACGCGUUCCGCUUGAUACCACAGACAGGCGGUUCUUCACCCCGUUGCCUAUGAGCGGGGCGCAGAUCGGGAGUGAUGGGAAGGGGGCGGGGCUGGGGAGGACCAUGGGGCAGUAUAUUGAUGCGAGUUUGACGUGGGAGGAUUUGAGGUGGUUGAGGAGGAAUACGCAUUUGCCGAUUGUGUUGAAGGGGGUGCAGACGGCGGAGGAUGCGGUGUUGGCGGUGGAGGCGGGGGUCGAGGGGAUUGUGGUUAGUAAUCAUGGGGGGAGGGGGGUUGAUACGUCGACAUCGUCAAUUGCAGUCCUUAUGGAAAUCCGUCGAUGUUGUCCGGAGGUAUUUGACAAAUUGGAAGUCUUCGUGGAUGGGGGCAUUCGACGAGGAACGGAUAUCAUUAAGGCGAUCUGCUUAGGGGCCAAGGCUGUUGGCAUGGGACGGGCAUUCUUGUACAGUUUGUGCUACGGGCAAGAAGGGGUAGAGAGGCUGAUUGAGAUUAUGAAAGAUGAGUUAGAGACUACGAUGCGGUUGUUGGGAAUCACGGAUCUGUCGCAGGCACAUCCUGGGUUGUUGAAUACGUUGGAUGUGGAUCAUUUGAUUCCGAAGGAAAUCGGGGCGUCGUGUGAGAAUAUGGUGAAGGCGAGGUUGUGA